AAGACCGGACGCUUCCGGUAGACGGGCGCUGUGGCGGGGCUUGCCGGGAUCAUGGCGGAGAACCACUGCGAGCUGCUGCCGCCGGCUCCGAGCGGCCCCGGGGCGGGGCUGGGGGCUGGCCUGUGUCGCCGCUGCAGCGCGGGGCUCGGCGCUCUGGCCCAGCGCCCCGGCAGCGUGUCCAAGUGGGUCCGGCUCAACGUCGGCGGCACCUACUUCCUCACCACCCGGCAGACGCUGUGCCGGGACCCGAAAUCCUUCCUGUACCGUUUGUGCCAGGCCGACCCCGACCUGGACUCGGACAAGGAUGAAACUGGUGCCUAUCUAAUCGACAGAGACCCCACCUACUUUGGGCCCGUGCUGAACUACCUGCGACACGGCAAGCUGGUCAUUAACAAAGACCUUGCAGAGGAGGGUGUGUUGGAGGAAGCGGAAUUUUACAAUAUCACCUCACUAAUAAAACUUGUAAAGGACAAGAUUAGAGAACGAGACAGCAAAACCUCCCAGGUGCCGGUGAAGCACGUGUACCGCGUGCUGCAGUGCCAGGAGGAGGAGCUGACGCAGAUGGUGUCCACCAUGUCCGACGGCUGGAGGUUCGAGCAGCUGGUCAGCAUCGGCUCCUCCUACAACUACGGGAGCGAGGACCAGGCUGAGUUCCUCUGCGUGGUCUCCAAGGAGCUGCACAACUCCCCGUACGGCACAGCCAGCGAGCCCAGCGAGAAAGCCAAGAGUGACGACGAGGAGACGGGUCCCGAUGGGGACGACUCAGGUUAAGUGUAAAUGUCACGAUUUUGCAAGAACGGGGUUCAAGGAUGUGAGAAGCAUAGUGUUGACAGCUGAAGAAACAUUUUGUCUUUCCCAAGAUGCAACGGUCUGCCGUGCUGUGGAAGCUGGGCCGCGGGAAGAAACCUGCUUUUGACAAUUUCUCUGGAGGUCUGGGCGCGGGUCCUUGUCUGGCUCGGAGGUGGGUGGGGAGAGACGGGGCCAGCUGCCCCAGGCCCGGCGCCCCCGCCCGGAGGAGGCGUCCCUCGUGCUGCCUGGGCCCGAGGCAGGCGGCUUCCCGCCUCAUCACCGAAGAGCAUUCAAAGGACAGCGUUCUUGGUGCUACAUAUUCAGUCUGUAACGGAGCCUGGGCCUUGCUGGUCGGAAGCCGCUGCAGCGCCGGGGCCCCAGGCCCUGGGUGCCCGCCGGUCACCCACAUGCGCACCAGGCCCUGGGCCUCGGUUCGCGGAGUCUGCCCUGCCUACCAGGCAUGAGCGGUUGGCAUUCUUGCAGCCCCAGCGGCUCCUGAGAGGGGCGGCCUCUGCGUGUUCACUACUUCCCGGGCCUCCUUCAGAGCCAGGCUCCCCCAGCCUGACCCCGCCUGGGACACUCGAGGCUUCUCCGUUUGUGUUUUCCAGGCGAGAGAACUUUGCACCCCUUCUUCCCCAGUGUGGAUGGACAACCCAGCGUUUUUACUUGUUAGAAAUGCCUAAAAGUGUUGCUGCAUUUUGGACCGAUCUGCUAAGUCGUUCAAAGGGAAGUGGAAGUUCGUCUCGUGCGGCCCGCCCGCAGGCUUGUGGGGCAGCCGUGGCCCGUCAGUGCCUUUGUCUCGCCUGGGAUGGAGGCCGGGGCGGGAGGCCUGUCCCCCUGGCUUCCGGAGCGGAAACUCCGGCUCACACUGAAAAUUGGAUGUUUACAGUGCAUCACAAAUCCCUCUCUUGCCGGCUCUCGUUUUCUUUGUAUAACUAUGCAGUUCUCUGUUCCUGGGGUGUUUCUGGGGUGAUCGAGACUUCACACCACCCGCACGGGCUCUGCCCACAUGACCUGACGUUGGAGCCACUAGAAUCCCCGUAGGAGCCGCUGCUCGCAUGCUCGGCCGUGGGGGCUGUCGGGGCGCCGGGGGGCCCGGCUCGGGCGGGCGGCUCUCGCCUUCCUGGCCAGGGGGGCUGUGCCCACUGACCACUGCUGGGUGGGCGGAGGCUCUGACAUGCUCCGUUUCCAAUGCUUCCGGAGGCUUCUUGCCUGUGCCCUCUCCUUCUUUGCCAAUAACCUGAUUAACCUAGUUCCCCAGCACCCAGGACAUACCUCCUCGUCGUAAGGUCUCCUGUACGUUGUUAACUGUUUGCUUCAACCAUUUAUAGCAUCCUUUCUGGAGGGCACGUUUAGGUCCUCGUGACCUGCCCUCCCGGUGAGCCCUGGGGAGGAGGGCAGCCCCUUAGUGGCCUUGGGGUGAACCUGUGGGGCCCUGCUGGCCACUUAGCGUCGUUUGAUUUGUGACCUUGACAUAAUAGGCUUGUUGUUUUUUAAUUUAAAGAUAUUAAGACUUAAUUCACUAAAAUUUAUUCUAAGGGGAUAUUUAUACUUUUAUACUUUUUUAGGUAUCCGUAUUUUAUCAGCUUACAGCCUGAGUUUCCCCUAAAAUAGCAAAUAAAAUUGUGUAUUUAUGAAUGAGCAGAA